UAAAAAAAAACUGAUAAAAUACAUCGUCAUCAACGUCUCUCACUUUCAGAAAACAAAAUUUACAACUUUUGAUAUCCAAUUUUCUGUUUGAUCUUAUCGAUUCCCGAGUUUGAUGGGCUAAACUGGUUCAACUCACCGAGUUAGGGUUCGAAUCAGUUGACAAAAUUUCCCAAAUUGGCUUUCAUAUUAUAUCAUGGCUUCGGUAUGGUCCCCUAACAGAUCAUCUGAAGAUAUUGUGGAUACGACGCCUUUUUUGAGUGGCUCUUCCGAUGAGAGCAAUUCCGGCCGUCGAUUUGUUCAGAGGCAGAGUUUGCGCCAGGCUGCCCGGUUCCUUCGCCAGGCGAGCAGCCGAAGGAUUAUGCGUGAGCCAUCUAUGCUUGUCCGCGAGACCGCGGCCGACCAAUUGGAGGAGAGGCAGAGUGAUUGGGCAUACUCGAAGCCCGUGGUGAUUCUCGAUAUUAUUUGGAACUUCGCGUUCGUGGUCGUGGCGGCUACGGUUUUGGUUCUUAGCCGGAAUGAAUCGCCGGAUGUGCCCUUGAGGUUGUGGAUUAUUGGGUACGCUUUACAGUGUGUUUUACAUGUGGUGUGCGUCUGCGUCGAGUUUCGCCGCCGGCAACGGCGACAGAGCCGCCCUAAUUCGGCGGAGGAAGGGAGUGGUGAGAAUUUGAGUUAUGGGUCGAGGGAGGAUUCUAGCCAAUAUGUGUCAUUGGCUCAGAUAGACGAUGAUGGUAACAGCAAUGUGGCAAAGCACCUGGAAUCUGCAAAUACAAUGUUUUCAUUUAUCUGGUGGAUUAUUGGUUUCUACUGGGUAUCUGCAGGUGGUCAAUCUUUAGCCCAAGCCUCCCCUCAGCUUUACUGGCUCUGUAUUAUUUUCCUUGGAUUUGAUGUGUUCUUUGUGGUUUUCUGCGUUGCACUGGCUUGUAUAAUUGGGAUUGCUGUUUGCUGCUGCCUUCCUUGCAUUAUUGCCCUUCUAUAUGCUGUGGCAGACCAGCAGGAAGGAGCAUCCAAAGAAGACAUUGAGCAGUUGUCCAAAUUCAAGUUCAAAAAAAUGGUCAAUAAUGAUAAACUUUCUAGUGAUGCACAAGGACAUCAUGGAGGCAUAAUGACUGAGUGUGGCACUGACCCACCUGUUGAGCAUGUUCUUUCACAAGAGGAUGCGGAGUGUUGCAUCUGCCUUUCUUCGUACGAUGAUGGUGUAGAACUGAGACAACUUCCCUGCGGUCAUCACUUCCAUUGUUCCUGCGUUGAUAAGUGGCUCUUUAUCAAUGCUACAUGCCCUCUCUGCAAGUACAACAUUUUAAAGAGUAGCAUUUGUGCAGAAGUUUAGUAGAUUUCCGAAGUAUUAUAAGAAAGCAUAGCAACACGGAGGGAUCUUAGCCCUCACUGUCGCUUGGUUGUUAGUUUUAUGCAGAGCUUGUUUGCUUGACUUCAUACGGGGCAUCUUUUAUGUGUGGUUGGUGUUGUUUUUACAUAGCAAUGGUCGUCAUAGGUGUAACAGCUAUUUCUGUAGCGGUAGCGACGACCAUGGCUCAUUUUCACUUGUUUAUGUUGUAUAUGGGUGUGCACAGGCCACGGGCAUAUUGGUGGAUGACUUGUAGUGUAAUGGGGAGCUAUUUGCUUCCCUUUGUAUUCAUUUUAUUUGUACA